AUGACAUUCAAGGUUGAUACUUUUGGUGUGAUUUUUAUUGGGUUUUAUGUAUCAUUAUUAUAUUUGGGCUUUACUUUUGGUGAUAUUCCGACCACCCUUGACGGACCUUUUACGCCGGUGACUGUUCCUUUAGAUGAAAGCUUUCGUGGGCAUGCUGUUGACUUGCCCUCCGAUGAUCCACGUGUCAGGCGGAUUGUUAAAGGCUUUGAACCUGAACAGAUUUCUAUUUCACUUUCUUCUAAUUAUGAUUCUGUUUGGAUUUCUUGGAUUACAGGUGAAUUUCAAAUUGGGGACAAUAUAAAACCAUUAAAUCCUAAGAAUGUAGCAAGUGUUGUUGAAUAUGGGAAAGUAAAGAAACCUACACAAAAGGCAGAGGGUUACUCUUUGAUUUAUAGUCAGCUUUACCCAUUUGAAGGCCUUCAAAAUUAUACUUCUGGGAUCAUCCAUCAUGUUCAACUUACAGGAUUGUCUCCGGAUAGUGUUUAUUAUUAUCGAUGUGGUGAUCCAUCGAUCCGUGCAAUGAGUGGUGUUUUUAGAUUCAAGACUAUGCCUAUUUCUGGCCCAAAAAGUUAUCCAAGAAUAGGAAUUGUAGGUGAUCUUGGUCUUACAUAUAAUUCCACAUCAACAGUGAGCCACUUGAUGAAGAACAAGCCAGAUCUUAUACUACUUGUAGGAGAUGCAACUUAUGCUAACUUAUAUUUAACAAAUGGUACUGGUUCGGAUUGUUAUUCUUGUUCGUUUGCAAAUACUCCAAUUCAUGAGACAUAUCAACCGCGCUGGGAUUACUGGGGAAGGUAUAUGCAGCGAUUAACAUCUAAAAUACCAAUAAUGGCUAUAGAAGGUAACCAUGAAAUUGAAGAGCAAGGUGGAAGCAAAACGUUUGCAGCUUACAAUGCACGAUUUGCGUUUCCAUCUAAAGAAAGUGGCUCGGAAUCCACCAUGUAUUACUCUUUCAAUGCAGGAGGCAUACACUUCCUGAUGCUCGGUGGCUACAUUGCUUAUGAUGAAUCAUCGGAUCAAUACAAAUGGUUGCAGAGGGAUUUGGCGAAUGUUGACCGGCAAGUGACACCAUGGCUUGUUGGCGUUUGGCAUCCUCCAUGGUACAACACCUACGUAUCCCAUUACAAAGAAGUUGAAUGCAUGAGGAUAGCCAUGGAAGAACUACUAUACAAUGCUGGUGUUGAUAUUAUUUUCAAUGGUCAUGUUCAUGCAUAUGAGAGAUCAAACCGAGUCUAUAACUACACUUUGGACCCGUGUGGCCCAGUCCACAUAACCGUAGGAGACGGUGGAAACCGAGAAAAGAUGGCGGUUAAACAUACCGAUGAACCCGGCAAUUGCCCGGAACCAGCGUCUACUCCGGAUUCAUUCAUGGGUGGUUUCUGUGCUACCAAUUUCACAUCAGGGCCAGCAGCCGGGAACUUUUGUUGGGACCACCAGCCAGAAUAUAGUGCAUACAGGGAAAGUAGUUUUGGCCAUGGCAUUCUUGAGGUGAAAAAUGAGACACACGCUUUAUGGACAUGGCAUCGGAAUCAGGAUAUGUAUGAUGAGGCUGGGGAUCAAAUAUUUAUUGUACGGGAACCUGAACGAUGCCAUGUUAAGCAAUGGAGAUCAGAAAAAUGAAGCCCAACACGCAAGGGUUCUAAGAUGAUUUGUAUAAUGUAUAGCAUCCCAAGAUAACACGAUAGGGUGAAAAACAAAGUUCACCCAUGAUUCAUUGUUUGUUGUAUUGUAUACCCUAUUAUUUUCAGUAAAUAGGGUGAUAGAUUCAUUUAGGAUCAAUGUAUCUUGAUUAUAUUAUUUAAAAUGUUUAUCAGAUUAUGUAACAUUGAAUAAUAGAAUCAAGAGUUCUAAUAUCAA